UAUAUAUUUAUGGUUAAAAUAUAUUCAGUUGGUAUAAGGUUAUAAUAAGAAUUAAUUAACGGUAUGAAAAAAUGAUAGUUUUGUAAAAAGAGGUCAAGUUUGAAAAUACUAUAGUAUGAUAAAUUUAUUCCAAUUGAAAUUGAAUGAAAAUAAGUAAUGUUCCUAUUGUUUAAUAAUCUUCUAUUAUAAUAUUUUCCACGUACAUACAACGAUUGUACAUAAUCUACUGUAAAAAUAUAUAUGUAAUUAAAAAAAAAAUAAUUGAUCAAGUUUGUCAUCAUGAUUAAAGCUAUUUUGGUUUUUAAUAACCAUGGAAAGCCACGUCUUUCAAAGUUUUAUCAAUACUUCAAUGAAGAUAUGCAACAACAGAUUAUUAAAGAGACAUUUCAACUUGUAUCGAAGAGAGACGAUAAUGUUUGUAACUUUUUGGAAGGUGGUAGCCUAAUAGGAGGAUCAGAUUAUAAAUUGAUUUAUCGUCACUAUGCCACCCUUUAUUUUGUAUUUUGCGUUGACAGUUCUGAAUCAGAACUUGGUAUUCUAGAUUUGAUACAAGUAUUUGUUGAAACAUUGGACAAAUGUUUUGAAAAUGUGUGCGAAUUAGAUCUUAUAUUUCAUGUCGAUAAAGUUCAUUAUAUUCUUAACGAAUUAGUGAUGGGUGGUAUGGUAUUAGAAACUAAUAUGACUGAAAUACUCACUAGAAUAGAGGAUCAAAACAAAUUGGAAAAACAAGAGGGGACUUACAGAUCAGGACGAUCUUGCUCACCUCGUCCGUUUGUCCUUCUGGGGCCCCCUCCUUAAGUAAAUCAGCAGUAGACAAUCUGGCCACUUAAAAAUAAAUUCAGUCCUAUGUAUAAUUGUCUCUCUGUGAUUUCUUCUAUCUUUUUUAUAGAUAUUUUUUUGUUUUGUUUCAAUUUUCGAUCUUUCUUCUUUUUCUUCGUUAACUAAGAAUAAUUUCAAACAUAAGUCGUCUUUUUCAUAGCUUCAUAAAAACGCCGUUCAUAACACGCAUGAUAAAUACUAUUGUUUAUAUAUGUCUGCUCCAUGACAGUGCCUUAUUGCAAUUGUAUACGUCGCCAAUAAUCCAUAAAUAAAACUAUGUAUUGUGUAGCUAUUUAUUAUUACUUGUCUUCAUUCCUAGAAAUGAAUUGCUAUCUUAUUAAUCCCAAGCAUAUGCCCAUAUUCCAUUUUGUCCAU